CCAUAGCCGGAAGUGGUGCUCUCGCUUGUGUGACAGACAGGUAAGGUGUCUGUUGUCAGCGGAUCGAGCGCGAGCCGUCAUGUCGCUGCAGUUUAAAGAUGAGGAGUUUCAGAGCGCGUGGAAGGAGUUGGAUGAGCCGCAGCUGGAGGGAGGAUGGGAACUCUUCACCGAGACCAUGGGAGUCAAAAUCUACCGGCUCCACGAUAAGGAAACUGGACUUUAUGAGUACAAAGUAUUUGGUGUGCUCAACAACUGCAAUGCAGAGCUGUGUGCAGAGGUCUACAUGGACUUGACGUAUCGGAAACAUUGGGAUACAUAUGUGAAAGAGCUCUUUGAGAAGGACUUCGGUGGACAAAAUGCAAUCUACUGGGAAGUAAAAUACCCAUUUCCUAUGUCAAACAGAGAUUAUGUGUACAUGAGGGAGAGCAGAGACCUGGAUGUGGAUGGCAGGAAGAUCUGGGUGAUCCUGGCCAGAAGUGCUCCAGAGACGCCAUGUGCCGAAAAGAGCGGUGUGCUGCGGGUCAAAGACUACAAGCAGAGCGUGGCAUUGGAGAGCGACGGAGGCUGUGGAACCAAAGUUUUCAUGAAUUACUUUGACAACCCUGGUGGCAUGAUUCCCACCUGGCUGGUGAACUGGGCAGCGAAGACUGGGGUUCCAGGUUUCUUAACAGACAUGCAGAAGGCCUGUAGCAACUACAGCAAAUUCUGCGCGAAGAAAUGAAUGCAACUGACGGCACAAUGGCUCAUGCACAAGGACUCCAUUUUAUUUUUCUUGUUUCAGUCUUGGGAGGUAUUCUGAUGCUGUAUGAUCAAAUGUGAUGUUUCCGUAUGGGGUGAAUUUGGCAUGAUGUGGGCUACUACUUGUUGUUGUAGCGUGCUCUUGACUCAGGCAUGAUCGGCCACACUCAUUAGGCUGCUGGGAAAUCAAUUAUGUGUCAUUGUACUGUAUUGAUCAAUACUGUAUUAUCUUUUCUGUGCAAUCACUGUUUGUAAGCUCCAUGUGGUGACUUUUAGCAACUUUUUGAGCUAGUGCUAGCUACCUUUAUUGGAAAAGAGUUUCCAACCAUGCACAGGACAAACUGAAUCUUUGGUUGCAGCUUCUUGCAUAGGACAUUUUAACUUUAACCUAUUUUUAGAUUCUUAACUCUACAUGUGCAAUAUAAUGUGAUUCUUUGUACUGUAUGAUUAAGUCACACUGCAAUCUUGCCCCUGACAAUUUCAUUUGGCUGUAAUUCAUUCAUCAGUUAUAAUGUAGUGAAAGUUACAAAUCUGUACUUUUCGAGGAAUGCCACUCGAUGGGCUUCUUGUGAUUCAUUUUCAUGUAUUUAUUUGUUAUGCAAAAAUUAUUUUGUGAUACUCUAUGCUGAUUUUGGGCGCAAAUGAUCGAAGGUACACUAUCUGAGAUAAUACUCAGGCUGUACCUCAGUGCUACAGUUGAGGUGAAUAUGGUUUAAUCUACACAAUUAAGGCCUAUUACUGUGUAAUAUUGAUGUGAUUGAAAUAAAUAAACUUUCAUUUUAAAUGUA